UGGGAACGAGUUAACGGGCAACACCAACCUCAUCACGCACUACAACCUGGAGCACGCCUACAACAAGUUCUGUGGGAAGAAGGUGAAGGAGAAGCUCAGCAACUUUCUACCAGAGUUACCAGGUAUGAUCGACUGUCCAGGCACUCAGGAUGGCAGCUCAUUGCGCUCUCUGAUUGAUAAGCCUCCAGUGUGUGGGAACUCCUUCAGCCCACUGACCGGCGCUCUGCUCACAGGCUUCAGACUACACACAGGACCGCUCCCAGAACAGUACAGACUAAUGCACAUACAGCCCCCAAAGAAGAAGAGCAAACACAAGCACAAACACCAUCGACCACAGGACCCACUACCACAAGAAACUCCAUCAGACUCUGAUCCCAAGAAGAAGAAGAAAAAGAGGGACGACGAUCCUGACCGCAAGAAAAAGAAGAAAGACAAGAAAAAGAAGAAGAACCGCCACAGUCCCGACCACCCCGGCCUUGCUGGAUCACAACCCAACAGCAACAGCCUCAGAUAGACAGGAGCCCACUGUGUGCAUGCCUGUGUGUGUGAAUGUGUGUGUGACUGUGCAUUUUGUAAGAGGACGCGUGCGUGUGUUUUACAGAUAAUUGUAUUAUUGAGAGUAUGUUUAACAAGAGAGGGGAUGAAUCAAGUGGUUGCAUGUGUGAGAGUGAAAGGAGCAGCAACACAGUGGAUGUGGGUGAUGACCAGAAGACAUGUUACAGAACAGUGUAAAAGACAGAAAGAUGGUUUUAUGGAUGUCUGAGCAGGCACUGUAUGUAUGUCCCCCUUUUGAUUUUGUUGUGAUAUCUUUUGACCAUAAUGCCAAAAUCAAAUAAACUUUGGUUAUUAUCUUUG